CAUUACUACUCAUUUUAUUAUUGCCCCAUCAAAAAAAAUAGUGUUUCCUUUCAAGAAAAUAAAGAACAAAAGCAAUGCUUACUUCUUCAAAAUCUAACCAUUUUCGAUCGAUUAGUUUGCCUGGAAGAUCACAAUCUAACCAUGUUAGAUCGAUAUGUUUGCCUGGAACAUCGUAUCAAACAACUGAACGAGUUAAACAGGCGAUCAAUAAUCUACAAAAGUUGGAAAUAUCAACUGCGUCAACAGCAGAGAUUAUGUACAAUGGUUUACUUGGUGUAGAGGAGUUAUAUAAGUGCAUGAAUGAGUUACUUAACUUGCCUCAAACACUUCAAGCAUUUUCCCAAUAUCGACUUGGGAAAAUGGUUGAAAAUUUAUUGGAUAAAUCCGUGAGGCUUCUUGAUCUUUGUGGAACAACAAGGGAACUUGUUUCACAAUAUAAAGAAAAUGUAAGAGACCUUCAAUCGUCACUCAAAAGGAGGAAAAAAGAUUCAACAACAGAAACCAGCAUAGCCAAAUUCACCGCCUUCGGCCAGAAGAUUAAGAAGGAAGCUAAAAGAUUAGUUUUGGUCUUAAAGCAAAUGGAUCAAGAAGCUGAGGGAGGAUUUGUACCAAAAGAUGCAGAUCAGGACACAGUAGAUAUGAUUAAAACACUAAAGGAAGCUAAUGCAAUGCGCAUUUCUAUUUUUCAAAUGUUCUUGUCUUUCUUGUCUGUUCCACUUUUGAAGCCAAAGUUAUCUAAAUGGUCAUUGGUUUCAAGAUUGGUAAAUAAAGGAAGAUUAGCAUGUGAAGUUCAAGAAGAGAAAAUGAACUUGGAAACUAGGUUGGAAUCAUUUGAGGGUCAUCUUGAUCACUUUGAAAAUGGAUUGGAAGGAAUAUAUAGGUGCAUGAGUAGAUCAAGAAGCUCUCUCUUGAAUAUUUUGAAGGAACUCGGAUUCAGUACGCCGAUGUGGUUCAACCUGGAAUUAUGUAGAGAGAAAAAAGAGACGGCCGUUGAAAAACUACUCGGAGAGUUAUGUCUUUUCAGAAAAAGUCCUAAUGUUAGAGCUCCUUAUUAUAUAGGUAGACAUUCUUUUUCUUAAAUUUAAAAAAAAAAAAAAAA